AUGCCAUCGCCAAAUAAUAGCAAAUCUGCGGCCAAUAAGAGCUCGAAAAGGGCACAGAGUUUAGCGGCCGAUAACCGGAACGGCUCUCUUAGAAGUGCCGAUUACUACGAGCUCAGCACAGAUGGGCUCAAACCCGAGCCCUUAGACCCCGAAAAGUACGAGACCUUCAGACGUAUCGCCAGCGCUGAAGAGAGCGAAGAAUUAGACACGUUUUACAACGCGUCGAGCGAUGAGGGCUAUGACAUGACCCACGAGACCGGUAAUGAUCUCUCGGCAAUGGAUCCCAUAAGACGUGAACAAAUACAGGAGGAAUGGAGGCUAGAGUUGGCCAAAACUGAAGAGGAGAUCCAAACGCUGCGACAGGUGUUGACAUCGAAAGUGCAGAGAUCUCACGAACUGAAGAGAAAGCUGGGGAUCACUGUCUGGAAGGAGUUCCGGGAAGACAUGGAACAGGGCAUCAAAAACAUCCAGGAGACCACAGCAUAUAAAGAUACGUCCGAUAAGUUGGUCGAAUGGAAUAACGCGGUACAAACUGCCCCCAUCUCAGGAUUGGGCCUAUUCUCAGCCCCG